UAUAAGGAAAAUAAGGAAGUAAGAUAAAGAACAGUGUUAAGUUCCAUAACCAUGUUGAAGUUGCUUUUAUGCACAGCUCGUCGUCUUUACCUAUUCAGGUAGCUUUUGUUUUCUUUGUAUUAAUGUUCUGCCCUGGUAGUUUGGAAAUUUCUCUUCAAACCAGUCCAGAACUGAAAACGAAUGGGGAUUGUGUUGCUUUUCCUGUUCUUUCUAUUUCUGCAAAGAAAUAACAAUGUACAAGGAAAUUGUUCUCCAGGGAGUGCAGUGACUUGUGAAGAUUGUUUGUUUUCUGGACAACAGUGUGCUUGGUGUUCUCAAGAGAAUUAUACUGACUCAUCUGGAAUUCAUGGAAGGUGUGAUACUCCAGCAAAUCUUUUGUCAAAAGGAUGUCAGUCGAACUUUAUUGAAUUUCCCAUUUCUAAAGUAGAAAUUCACAAAAAUAAGCCCCUUAGCAUAGGAAUCCAGAAGAAUAACUCUGAUGUCACACAGAUUUCCCCUCAAAAGUUAACUUUUAGACUGCGACCAGGAAAUGAAGAAACAAUAGAGAUCAAAGUUCGCCAGACUGAAGAUUAUCCGGUUGAUCUCUAUUACCUCAUGGACCUUUCUGCUUCCAUGGAUGAUGAUCUGAAUACAAUAAAGGAAUUAGGCUCAACUCUUUCCAAAGAAAUGUCAAAACUAACCAGCAACUUUAGACUGGGGUUUGGGUCUUUUGUUGAAAAACCAGUUUCACCAUUCAUCAAAACCACAGCUGAAGAAAUAAACAACCCUUGCAGCAGUGUUCCACGUAAUUGCUUACCCACCUUUGGAUACAAACAUGUUUUGCCAUUAACAAAUGAUGCUGAAAGAUUCAAUGAAAUUGUGAAAGAACAGAAAAUCUCAGCUAAUAUAGACACUCCAGAGGGAGGAUUUGAUGCAAUUAUGCAGGCAGCUGUUUGCAAGGAAAAGAUUGGGUGGAGAAAUGACUCUCUACAUCUGCUGGUGUUUGUGAGUGAUGCUGAUUCCCAUUUUGGGAUGGACAGUAAACUGGCAGGGAUUGUUAUUCCAAACGAUGGACAUUGUCACUUGGACCACAAUAAUGAAUAUUCCAUGUCAACAGUUUUGGAGUAUCCAACAAUUGGACAACUAACAGACAAGCUUGUGCAAAAUAACGUUUUAUUAAUUUUUGCUGUAACAAAGGAACAAGUUUACUUAUAUGAGAAUUAUGCCAAACUUAUUCCUGGAGCUACUGUUGGACAACUUCAGAAAGAUUCUGGAAAUAUUCUCCAAUUGAUCAUUGAUGCAUAUAAGGAGCUGCGAUCUGAAGUGGAGCUGGAGGUGUUAGGAGACACAGAAGGACUCAAUCUCUCUUUCACGGCAAUCUGUAACAAUGGUACUAUUUUUCCACGCCAGAGGAAAUGUUCCCAUAUAAAAGUGGGAGACACAGUCUCUUUCAACAUGACAGUAAGCCUACCUUCCUGUGAGAAAAGGCGGAGGCAGAUUGUAAUAAAGCCUGUCGGCCUGAGUGAUGCCCUGGAAAUUGAUAUUCAGCUAGAAUGCAGCUGUAACUGUCAGAAAGAGGCUGAGAUGAACAGUUCCAAAUGCAGCAAAGGAAAGGGCUCUUUUGAGUGUGGAGUGUGUGCCUGCAACCCUGGCUACAUGGGUCCUUAUUGUGAAUGUAAUGAAAACUCCCUGAGCACAAAUUCCUGUAAAAGGUCUCCAGGGCAGAGCUCCUGCAGCGGGAGAGGUGACUGUUACUGCGGGCAGUGUAUUUGCCAUUUCUCUGUGUACGGAAAUAUUUAUGGGCCAUACUGCGAAUGUGACAAUUUCUCUUGUGUGAGAUUUAAAGGAGUGCAAUGUGGAGGUAAUGGUGACUGUGACUGUGGUGAAUGUGUAUGCCACAGGGGAUGGACUGGUGAAUAUUGUAACUGCACAACUGACAUUAACUCCUGUGUUUCUGAGGAUGGAAUACUGUGUAGUGGAAGAGGUGAAUGCAUUUGUGGAACAUGUGUUUGCACAAAUCCCGGGGCCUCGGGUAGCACAUGUGAAAGAUGCCCUACGUGUGGUGAUCCUUGUAGUUCCAAACGGAGCUGCAUAGAGUGUCAUUUGGCUUCUGAUGUCCAGUCACAGGCAGAAUGCAGUGAAAAAUGUAGAUUAGUUGAUGCAACUGUCAACAGUGCAGAAGAUUUCUCAAAGGAUAAAUCUAUUCCCUGCUCGUUACAAGGGGAAAAUGAAUGUGUUACUACAUUUCUAAUGGCUACAGAUGAACAGGGAAGGACAAUCAUUCAUAGCAUAAAGCAGAAAGAUUGCCCACAGCCUCCAAACAUUCCAAUGAUAAUGCUGGGUGUUUCUCUUGCUAUCCUUCUGAUGGGCACUGUUCUACUUUGUAUAUGGAAAUUGCUAGUUUCUUUUCAAGACCGAAAAGAGGUUGCCAAGUUUGAAGCAGAAAGAUCAAAGGCCAAAUGGCAAACGGGAACAAAUCCCCUGUACAGAGGCUCAACAACUACAUUUAAAAAUGUAACUUACAAGCACCAAGAAAAGCAAAAAGUGGACAUUACUGCAGAUUUCUAUUAGCACUUCAGACACUGGAAAAUUAGUUUUAAUGACGAGAAAUAUAAAAGCACUAUUUUGUUUUUAUUUCUUUAUAACUGAUUACAUGGAUGUUUGUUAGCACAUCUUAGUGAUAUAAUUCAGCUAGAGCAAAUAUAUUUUGUGUGUAUUGAAGGUAUUGUAGAUUACUGCUGUAUGACUAAAAAUUAAGAGAAACGUUACAAAGAAACACAUUUAACAUUCAGACCCACAAAUUAGUCUUAAAGAAAAAAGCACUGACGAUAUCUGUGGAAUUUGCUCCACAAAUAGAAUAAAAAUUCAUCAUCAGUAAGCACAUUUUGGUAAGUCUAACUUGUAUUUGCUAUUUAUGGUGAAUUUUACUUCACGUUGUUCACACUACAAUGCCCAACACAUGGUGCAUACCCAAACACAAUCAGUCUACGCUGUUGGCUUACAUAAAAUAAAAAAUUUAAUGCCAGCAGGGCUAGGGGGUCCUGAUGCCAAACUAUGGGCCUGGAUCAGGACCCCCUAGUGAUUUCAUCAGAAACAACUGAAUUUAUAGCCUAGCUUACAUGGAUCCAAAACUCACACAAAUAUCUCCUCAACCUCUUUGCCUUUCCCUCUUUCUUUGCCUGUCUCCUUCCCUGCCCCUGAAUCUUCUCCCUUUGAUGUUCUACCUUUUUCUUUAAGGACCCAUCCUAAGGCAAUGCCAAAAGUGAAUCCUGUUUAAACACAGCCAGAUCUCUUCCUCCUCUUUCCUCUGAGUUCUACUGGAGAGGUUCUAGUACAAAAUAGAAAUGCAUGUCAUCGUUCAGAAAACUCAAUAGAGCAGCUUUAAACCUGAAGAUGACCCUGAGGGUUUUGAAAAAUUUACCUCCUGUGCAGAGAUCCCACACAAGGCCUAUACACCACUUAAUCCUAAUUAGACUUGCAAGAUAUGCCUAGGAGCUGCACAGGCUAUUGUGUAAGCCCUUUGAAUAGAAGAGAAUUUCAUACAUAAGGCAUGGAUGUAAUUAUCAGACCUAUAGUUUUGUGGAUAUCACACAAACAAAUGAUGAGAUUUUUCCAUAGCAGCAGCAUAUUUUAAUCUGCCAGUCCAUUUAUUCUAGUACAAGAGAAUAUAUUUGACCCUUUUUCGCAGUUUUUCAAAAUAAGCAGUUAUUAAUUACUAAUUCCCCUUGCUAUUCAUGGCAGUGACUUUAAUAAGAACCUUAAAAACUGAGUUUUUAACUAGAGUUGCUAACUACUUGCCAUAGACCCUUUGUCAAAAAUGCAUGCAUAGUACUGAAAAAACAGCUGAUGUGAUAACAUGCAAAUAACAGUAUCAAGAUUUUUUUUAGAGAGAAAAAAUACUGUAUUGACCUAUUUCAGAGUAACAGCCGUGUUAGUCUGUAUUCGCAAAAAGAAAAGGAGUACUUGUGGCCCUUAGAGACUAACCAAUUUAUUUGAGCAUAAGCUUUUGUAGCUCACGAAAGCUUAUGCUCAAAUAAAUUGGUUAGUCUCUAAGGUGCCACAAGUACUCCUUUUCUUUUUGUAUUGACCUAAAUAUUAGUUUCUUCUUAAAUGUUUUAACCUUCUGGUCCAUGAUAAAGAGAUUCAGAGUGCAGACUAUUUUUAUAACAGAUACAUAUGCCAUCUGAAAAUAUUUUUUAAGAAACAACAUGUUAACCUAUUGACAGACUAAUAAAAACUAUAUUUUUCUCUGCAUUAAACCAAAAUUUUGAUCUAAAAAUCCUUGAAGGUGGCCAUUUUGAAAUAAAUCAUUAUUCCAACAGCCUGUUUAACUUCAAGCUUUUAUGUCCAUACACUGCAAAUACAGGAUGUGCUGUGAAUUGAUUUAUUAUGUAGAUCUGACUCAAACCUGUUUUUCUGGGUCUGAUCCAAAAUCUACUGAAGUCAAUUGGUAAGGCUGGAUGAGCCCUUAAUGUCUGGAGAUACAUAAAAACAGAUGGCCAUUGUUCUGCGGUCAUCACCUCUCUCUAUUUGAAUUGCAGAAUAUCUUUUAAGCAGCUUGAAAUCAGUUCAAGUUGUUCUACCUCAGUAACCAGACUUCAGAAUGAUGUAUAUAUUGCUCUGAAAUUUACAGCACAAGUAUUUGAUUUUAUUUGUUAAAAUCUCAGCUCUUUCCCCAAAAUAGUGAAAAUAGAACCUUGGGUAUUAGUUAAUGGAACAUUUUUUUGUUCAGAUAGAAGCUGAUUAACACUAUUCAUUAGUGGAUUGGGACCUAUGAUAUAUAUUUGUGUUCGAAGAAACUUUAAAACAUCUUUAGAAAUAAAGUGAGACAAUAUAACAGCAUGUGAAAUAAUUGCAGUGUGAAAGGCUUACUGUAAAUCUAAUCACUAGAACUGGAAUAAGUUAAUUAGGCAUCUGUACUUUUCACUAUUCUUUCACAACUCAUAGUGGAAGCUAUGCAUAUGCAGAGGGGCCAGAUCUGCAGUCCUUCCAUUCCCUUAACUCAUACUGAAGUCAGUGAAAGUUACAAAUAGCAUGAAAUCCUGCUUCCUUAACCACAUGAAUAGUCUCACUGAGCAAAAUCAUGGUUCCAUUGAAGUCAAUGGGGCCAGGCUUUUACCCACUGACUUCAGUAGGAUUAUUGCACAAGUAAGGAUAGUGGAAUUUGGACCAUGGAAAGAAUGUAAAGGUAAAAUAGCUAUUACUUCUGUGUUUGGUUUUAAAGUAAAAGUAUCAAAUGGGAAUCAUUUUUAAGAGAUUAAAAAGCAUCUUCCAUUUGGUAUCUCAGUCUAAAGUAACCAAAUGCCUAUUGUUUUAUUAAACACCUUUUAAGUUGUAUUUCCGAAUGGCUGACUCAAUGGAUCAGUAAUAGCAAGCAGAGCCUUUCAUCGUUAGGUCACCAGUUUAUAUAUAGAACAGCUCUGUAGUGUUUGAAUGUUGUUUCUCUCUGAACACUGUUCAGUAUUUCCUAAUGCAAAGAAUUCAUUCAUCCCCUGGCAGGGAGCCCUGUCAAGCCUGAAGCACAUUGGCAACUCAGUGUGGUGAAGUGGACUGCUUGUGCUGUACCAGUUCUGGGCAUAGAGGUCUUCGGGGCUCUCAGUUGGGCACUUUUUGCCAGAAUGAAAAUCAAUCAACUACUUUUUAUAGUAAGAAUUCAUCAGAACAGAGAAAAUAGCCAGACUUAUGGCUUAUUUACUGUUAUAAUUAAUCAUGUUUAUUACAGUAGUCUACAGAUCAAUCAAGAAGAGGCCCUAUUAUGUAAGUCACUAUACGAGAGUCCCUACCUUGAAGAGCUUAUAUAGGAGACCUCUCAAAUACAGAUCACGCUGAAAGCUAUUUUUAAUUACAAUAUGUGCUGCAAGCUUCCCAGAGGUCAUACAGCAUAUUAUAAGAUGUUGAUCAGAGACCAGUGGCAUUUUCUCCAACUCCAGGAGUGGGGUUUAUCCUUUUAGUUGGAUGACAGAUACUUUUAACAAACUUUUACAACCCUUUUUUUUCCUUUUUCAAACUCUGAGUGUCCGUGUGGUGUGGGAGUGGGGGGCGGAGAGGAUGGAAAAGUCCUUUUUUUUUGCUGUUGUCAUGGAUGAUGUUUUGACCUAAGGCUGGACCUGGGCAAAACAUUGUUAAUAGAUGUACUUCUGUUCACUGAAGAGUUAAACUAAGUAAAUAAAAGAAUGUUGAGAACAUUUUUUUUUGUAUUUGUGUAUCUGACAUACAUUAAAAAUGUAAUUUAAGUCAUUUGUCUUGCAUGGAUAAUUGUCAUUUUGAUUUACAAAAAUGUAUAUAUGUACUCACAAAAAGAAAAGGAGUACUUG